AUGAGUACCAGGCCUCAUUUUAAGCCCUAUGCCGCCCGCCGCCCACCCUUGUUCAGAGUCAAGACCGGCUGCUUCACCUGCCGAGGCCGCAAGAAGAAAUGCGACGAGGUCAAGCCGCUUUGCUCCGGCUGCAAACGAAACAAGUUGAAUUGUCGCUGGCCAACGUCCGCGCCAGGCAUCAGAAGACCUCACAUUCCAAACAAGCGAGUUCCACAGCAGGAGAGCACCUCCAGGGCUGGAACACCGUCUGCAGACACGAUAUUCGGUGUGGACACCGGGCAAGAAUCUCUGAUGCCACUCACAGAGAAUGCCGAAGAUGAUACAAGCAACGCUGAAGCUCCAAUUGGCCUCGGUGAGGUCCAAGGGGCAGCUGCCCUAUUAGUCCCUACACACGCUUCCUCAAUCCCCAGGACUGUCUCCCCAUUCCCCUGCCAAGACGCCCGUUCGCUGGAACUAUUAAGCCAUUAUCUAUCCCGAACAGCUUUAAGUAUGGGGAACGGGUCAACAGAUGUAAAUCCCUUCAUUUCCCAGCUGGUCCCGCUCUCCUUUGCCAACGGGGUGAUAUUGGAUCUUCUCCUCUGCCAGAGCGCCGCGCACCGAGCUAUAGAAGAUACCACCAAGCUGUGUGUUGCACAUGGCCACUACAACAAAUCCUUACGCAUGUUCCGAAAGUCCAUACAGGAUUUCAUCAAUGGCCAGGAAACCAACUCACUGUGGAUUGUGGUGGGUGCGUUGAUCAUGUGUUUCACCGAGACCACGAAAGGAGACUCUCAUGGUACAGUAUUUGAUCACAUCAAAGGCGUAGGGCCGCUUUUAGAGACCCUACUGAACGACUCCAACACCAUCAGCAACGAGCUCAGAAAUUUCAUCAUCGAGUACUACGUAUAUACCGCAUCCAUCAGCAUGAUAUCGAUGGAUCCGGCAUCAGGCUCGAGACUGCUCCUGAACCCUGAAUUAGAGCGACAAGGCGAAAUGUUGGUAGAAAUCGGCUAUGUCGGCCAGCUUUGCGGUAGUUGGCUCGAGCUCUUACUUCUGCUUCCUCAAAUAUUUCGGUUUGGCCAGCGAUUAAGAGAUGCCGAUAAGGAGCCGAAGAUUUCCACAGCAGAUGAUUUUGUCGUAUUUUCAAUAUUGCAAAGGCGGAUUCUCUCUUUCCAGCCCUCAUCACUCUUGGGGAGCGAUGUGGCACUCUGUGGGGAAAUCUUCAAACAAGCCAUUCAUCUUUACCUCCUGACGGCUCUUACGGGGAGCCAAGAGAAAGGAGGACCACUUAAUUCCACUGUCGAAAAUUCCAUUGAUCAAGUCUUUGAACAUCUCAGGCACCUACCGUCUACAUCCCGCAUCAACACAAGUCUUUGCUGGGCACUGGGGGUUAUUGGAUCGUGCGUUGCAGAUGACGGCAGGAGGAAUGAGCUGCGGACUCGUUUGGAUAUAAUGUUCCUGAUUAUUGGGCUUGGGAACAUCCGAGCGACAUCUACUCUGCUUGAAUACAUCUGGGCGUUGCCAACAAGCGAACAAAGCCCAUGGGCAAUUUGGCGGGUCAUGCGGGACAAUCAAGUGUGGAUAUCCUUUGCGUGA